UCGAACCCAGGUUCCCGGUCUUCUUCUGGUUUAGUUUUCCGAGAGCAGUCCAGGGAACAAUUUCUGGGUGAGUUCCGUAUUUCAAUAAAAUACAAACGUGUUUUUCUUGAUGGCGAAGCUUUGUUAAUUGUUUGAGGAAAGAUUGUCCUAAUAGCGAGCUUUUAGAACUAUUUGCUGUUGGUAAUUUCAGUUUCAAGUGAAAGAGAUGCCCAAGUGACUUCAGGGGCCUUGCCAAGUUUGUCUGUUCUCAACAUCGAGCUAAGAUAUGUCAGGUAAAUAGAAAAUAUUUUCUCUUAUCUCAUGUGUUGAAGCAUUUUAGCCAGUCGGCAUCUAGUGUGUUGUGUUGUUUUUGUUUGUUUCUCUUGGACAUACCCUUCUAUCAAGUGACAGGCGGGACACAACCCUUUAUAAAGACAGAGUAACUAAACAGUCAAACCCCAUCUUUGAGGAGUAAUUAAGUUUCCGGGUCUUAAGGAUGUGACAACAUCAUGGAGGGUACCCACUUAAUGUAGCUUCGUGUUUGAAAGGAUUGACUGUAUUGUGCUCCCCUGUUAUUCCUUGUUAAAGUGUAUAGACCUUUUUGCUCUGUUUAAGUUCCUGCUUUUCUUUUCUUAGAAAUUUACGUGGAGAAAAACCAGAGUCGCGGAAUAAAAACCGUCCCUACCAUUUACCUCUU